CCCGACGCGGCUGGAGUCCGGGCGGCGGCGGUGUCUUCCUUCUCCUAAAAGGCCUCCGCGGACCCGUGGCUUGGACACAGCCUGCAGCCACGCCAUGCCGCGAGGGAGGCGAGGCAGCCGUGUGAGCGCCCUGGAGGGCGGCCGGGAGGAAGAGGCGCCCUUGGAGGCGGCUGCUGCGCCUUCCGCGCUGUGGGCGUCCCUGCCGCAGCCGGAGGCAGCGGCCGACCGGACUCUGCUGCGGGGCAUCUUCGAGAUCGGGAGGGGCAGCUGCGACGUGGUUCUGAGUGAGCGGGCCCUGAGGUGGAGGCCCAUCCAGCCCGAGAGCCCCGCGGGUGAUCCUAAGUAUGAUUUUCUGUGUAAAGAAGAACUCGUUGAACUCAAGGACAUAUUUUCUGUCAAACUGAAACGGCGUUGUUCUACUAAACAACAGAGAAAUGGAACUUUAUUAGGAAUCACUCUCUUCAUAUGUUUGAAAAAGGAGCAAAAUAAAUUAAAGGAUUCUACACUUGAUCUUAUUAAUUUAAGCGAAGACCACUGUGACAUAUGGUUUAGACAAUUCAAGAAAGUUUUGGCAGGGUUUUCAAACAGACCAAAAUCACUGAAAGUACUUUUAAACCCCCAAAGCCACAAAAAAGAAGCUACCCAGGUCUAUUAUGGGAAGGUUGAACCACUGUUGAAGAUUGCAGGAAUAAAGACUGAUGUAACAAUCACGGAAUACGAAGGGCAUGCGCUGUCACUGCUAAAGGAAUGUCAACUACAGGGAUUUGAUGGUGUUGUUUCUGUUGGUGGAGAUGGAUCUGCCAGUGAAGUAGCCCAUGCUUUGCUUCUUAGAGCCCAGAAGAAUGCUGGAAUGGAAACAGACAGCAUCCUGGCUCCUGUCCCAGCACAGCUUCCACUUGGUGUAAUACCAGCAGGAUCUACUAACAUACUGGCACAUUCUCUUCACGGAAUCUCUCACGUGGUAACUGCAACUUUGCACAUUAUAUUGGGGCACAUACAACCAGUUGAUGUCUGUACCUUCAGCACCACUGGCAAGCUUCUUCGCUUUGGGUUCUCAGCCAUGUUUGGCUUUGGUGGAAGAACUUUGGCUCUGGCAGAAAAACAUCGAUGGAUGUCCCCUAACCAACGGAGGGAUUUCGCUGUAAUUAAGGCACUGGCAAAACUUAAGCCAGAGGACUGUGAAAUAUCAUUUUUACCAUCUAUCAGCUCUCAGGAUUUACGAGAAGGGAAGGUGCGCGGAUCUCCCAGAUCUGACUGUAGUGGCCAGUGGCAAAUGACCCAGGGUCAGUUCCUGAAUGUGAGCAUCAUGGCGAUCCCUUGCCAGUGUUCAGUGGCACCAAGAGGCCUGGCACCUAAUACCAGAUUAAAUAAUGGAAGUAUGGCUCUUAUAAUUGUACAAAAUACUUCUCGACCAGAAUUUAUAAAACACCUGAAAAGAUAUGCUAGUGUUAAAAAUCAGUUCAAUUUUCCAUUUGUUGAGACUUACACUGUGGAAGAAGUAAAGGUUCACCCAAAGAACUGUAACAGUGGACAUAAUCCAGAGGAGGAGGACGGACCACAUGAAACUGCUUCAAAAAGCAGUUUUCCUUGGAAUGUAGAUGGUGAUUUAAUGGAAGUUACAUCAGACGUCCAUGUUAGAUUGCACCCAAGACUUAUCAAUCUUUAUGGAGGAGGCAUGGAAGAAAUGAAUGAUUCCAAAGUAACAUGUAAUUGUUUAUAAAAAGUAUAUGAACUAGAAUUUUAAUAUGAAGGAAUAUGGUCAUGCUUUAAACAAAUAUCGUAAUAGGAAAAAAUUCUUAUUUUUAAAGAAAUUAAGGUUUCUAUUUUUGCUAUAAAAUUGCUAUUUUUAGAACCAAGAAAAAGCAAAAUAUGAAACAUACUAAAAAACAAUUUAAAUUAUUGUUUUGGAAACAUUUCAUAUAUCAUAAUGUUUAAAUUUUAUCAAUAUGUAAGCUCAAUAAUUCCAAAGUGAAAUACUUUGGAUUCUAUCAUUUUUCAGGAUUUGAGAACAUCAAUUCUGAUCUUAAAUUUUAAUUCUAAAAAUAGCCUGCUACAAACCAUGCAGGAAUGCCCUGAUUUUCCUAAAUUACACGGUUAAUGAUAUAAAAACUUAUUCCCAAAAUCUCUCCAAUACUAUAGUGCUUGCCAAAAAAAUCCAUGUUUUUAAAAUUUAUGGUAUCAAUUUUGUGAAUAUUUUCUGAAAGACAAAAACUUUGAUUUCCUUUAGGUUUGUUACAAAUUUUAGUUUACUAUGUGAAAUAGUUGGUCAGAAUCUGGCCUAGAGGGGAGCUGUGUUCCUCUUGCUCCUGAGAGUUAUGUUAUCUGGCAAUUGGCACGUUGUUUUCAGUGUACCCAAUAAUACCUGAAAUGAUGUUGUUUUGACUAGGAAAGAAACAAAUUUAAAUUUCCUCGGGGAUCAUCCUUAAGAAAGCAAUUCUAAACUGGCAUUUGCUUUUCCAGUGAUCACAGACAGUGUUUUGAAAGAAUCACUUGGCUUUAUGUAAUGAAAAAAACAUAAAACUCUUUUGCUCUCAACAGUGUUCUUUAAAAAUGCUAUCUAAAUUUAAUUUCUCUUGGUGCACACUGAGGUCAGGAGGUUUUGUGGUCAUUGUGAUGUGGGUUUGCUGCUCAAAUCCCUUCACAAAUCUCCAUACAUUCCCUCCUCUCCAGCCACCAAUCCCAGACUACAGGUUUGUGAAUGGAUGAUUUACAGGAAUUAGGCAGUCUGAGGAAGAUAGCUGUUGGCAGGGACUUUUAUAAAAAUAACUCUAAUUUAUCUAUGGGAUCACUUUUCAUAACAGAUUUUCAAAAUUUGGCCACAACCUUCUUAUAUGUAAAGACAAACAUAGGACACUGCAGAUGAAAUUAUAUUCUGCAGUUAUCAGCAUGUAGUUCAUAUGCAUGAAUAAAUAUUAUAAAAAGUGAUUGUAUUUGCAAAUGAAAAGGCAGUUAAAAUCUAGAAAGUAACUAUAGCAUCAAGCAAAAACUUAAAAACCAAAACCUUAUCACUAAACCCUAUAUCAUGGAAAUUCUCAUGUCACAUUUAUAGUCUCCGGAUAUAAAUCUGUAUUUUGAAAUGCACAUUUAAAUCUGUGAAUUUUGUUUCUUCAUUUCAGUGAAGAGAAUGUUCUUAUAGACCUAUAAGAACACAUUAGUUUACUCGUUUCAAAUGUAAGUAUUUGUGAAUUUGCUCGACUUGAUAGCCAAUAUUUUACAUACUAUCUAUCUGUAUGAAAGAAAUACCAGCCCCUGUCUCUGCAGAGCCUUGAGUUAAAAAAAAA